AUGAACUCUGAAGUGGAUUACGGGGGUCCCGGAAGCAGCGGGAACGGAAAAUUGCGACAGUGGCUGAUUGAACAGGUGGAUUGUGGGAAAUAUCCCGGUUUGGUGUGGGAGAACGAAGAGAAAACCAUCUUCAGGAUACCGUGGAAGCAUGCAGGCAAACAGGACUACAACCGGGAAGAGGAUGCUGCGCUUUUUAAGGCCUGGGCGCUGUUUAAAGGAAAGUAUAGGGAAGGGGUCGACAAGCCUGACCCGCCGACGUGGAAGACGCGUCUCCGCUGUGCCCUUAACAAAAGCAACGACUUUGAGGAGCUAGUGGAUCGCAGCCAACUGGACAUUUCGGACCCUUUCAAGGUUUACCACAUCAUUCCUGAGGGCGCCAAGAAAAGGACGAGAGAAGAGGACAGUCCAAUGAACUAUUUAAUGAAUUCAGCCUAUCCUACCCUUCAAACUCAGAUACCACAGUAUGUUCCCUCGCCAGAAUGUGGCUGGAGAGACUUCAGUCAGGAGUAUGCCCCUUUGCCAGAGAUUCCCUUUACUCCGUGUCCAUGUCCUCCCCGCAGCCUGCCAUGGCAGGGCGCAUCAGUGGAUAAUGGAUACCAGCUAAGAGCCUCAAUUUACUCUUAUGGUUCUGCUGACAGUCAGCCUUCACCCUUUAGUCUGGACACCAGCAUCAGAUCAGCAGAAGCACUUAGAGAUCCACGCCUACAUAUCACAGUAUAUUUGCGGGACACUCUAGUGAAGGAGGUGACGACCUUCAGCCCAGAAGGCUGCCACAUCACUCCAGCCUCCCCAGAAAAUACACACUACUUGUCCCCAGGAGGCCACGAUGUGGUACCACUGCCUAUGGAAACCAUUUCAGCUCAGAUGAGUGGAGAGGAGCGUCCCGCGAGUCCCUCUUCCUCCUUCGAAGGAGGCGUGCUGUGUUGGAUGGCCGCAGAUGGACUCUACGCUCGGCGUCUGUGUGAGGGCAGAGUGUAUUGGCAGGCGGGACUGACACCCUAUGGGGAAAAGCCUAAAAAGCUCGACAGAGAGGUCGCCUGUAAACUACUCCACAUGCAGGAUUACCUUGCAGAGAUCCAGAGUUAUAGUCUCCAUGGUCGACCACUGACCACCCACUUCCAGGUUCUUCUGAGUUUUGGAGAUGAGUGUCUUGAACCUCAAAGAGCAUCUCUCAAUGUCCAGGUGGAGCCCCUGUUCGCAAGACAGCUCUUAUACUAUGCACAGCAGACAAGCGGACACUUCUACCGCAGCUACGAGCACUCGGGACUCAUGGAACAUACUAGCUUAUCAGAGGACUAUCACAGGGCCCUUACACAGCAUCACGGCCUGCAGAAGUGA